AUAAUACACACACACGCUCGCUCGCAUCUAUCCUCAUUCCUGAAAGGUUCAUGAUGUCCGCAGCACCUGCUCUCCGUCUCUUCCUCCUUGCCUGUGUCCUGAUAACUGGACAUGCAAGAAUCAUCUGGCCAUCCUCUCCUCCGAAAACCUCCAACCUUUCAAUGACCAAAAACAUGUGCUCUGACUGUACCAGGAUCAUUGAGCUUUUCUCAGAUCUGCUCUCCCAUACAGAAACUCAAGAACUGAUCCAAGAGACUCUUAAUACGUUUUGUAGUCGUCUCCCCAGUGGCCCAGCGAUUAAUGACUGUAAGGAUUUGGUGCAAAAGUAUCUGCCAAUAGUUAUACAAGGAUUUAUUGCAUUCAGUGCACAUAAGGAGGGGGAGAUAUGCAUGGUGCUCGGACUGUGUGCUGUUCAGCCAGAACACAAAGCUCCAGAGUUGCUCAAUGUUGAAUUCCAGGAAGCUGAAUUCAUCCAAGUGCAGCCUUCACCAGGAACCAGUCAUGAGUUACAAAUCAGCCCACAGUGCACCUUCUGCCUUUUCCUCAUCAAAAAACUGGAAGAAAUGUUGCCAAAAGAGAGAACCGAAGAGAGUGUGGUGAAGCUUUUGGAGAAAAUCUGUGACCACUUGCCUGAUCACUAUAAAGAGCAGUGCGACAAUAUCCUGGAAAAAUAUGGCAAGCAGAUCCUUGAUUUCCUGCUCACUUCUGCCACUCCGCACACGAUAUGCACGCUGCUGCACUUGUGUCUUGGCCAGGACUCACCUGCUCUAGUGCCAUCUCUGCCAUCAGACUGUAAAACCUGUAAAAUCCUGGUGAUCCUGACUCACCUGGGCCUCAGAUUCAAUCCUCAGAUUCACCUAGGCCAGAAUACUAGUGAGACUCAGAUGACUUCUUUGCUCUGGAAGACAUGCCACAGUCAUCCAAAUGCCCUUCCAGGGUGUGAGCCGUUUAUCCAGAAUCAUGGCACAGCGCUUGUGAACAUUCUGAGCAAACAAGAAGAAGCUGUAAAUGCAUGCCAGAAGUACUUCUGUGUGGGACAUGAAUAACAUGAUGGACCUUCAAGCAAAGAACCAGUACAUUUUUAUGUGCUCCUUAUUUUACUAUAUUGUGCUUCACAAUGUUAAACUUAAGCUAAAGUGAAUGUUAGCCUAACAAAAGAUGACUUAUUUUAACUUCGCAAGAAUGAGAACAAUCAUGUAACCCAACAUCUAAUUGUAAAAUGGCCUUUUUCUGUAAUGGCAAAUAUAGAGGACCACUUUCCCUUUUUUAUUUUAUUUUUUUUUAAUAAAUCCUGCUUAAAUCUUG